AUGAGGGUUUGCUUCCUGGAAUGUGUCCAUCUGGUGGAAGUUCAGCCGAGGUGCAAAGAGCUGAAGUACAGCAAGGACCUGCCCCAGAUCUCCAUUAUCUUCAUCUUCGUCAACGAAGCUCUCUCGGUCAUCCUGCGGUCGGUGCACAGUGCUGUCAAUCACACGCCAGCCCACCUGCUGAAGGAGAUCAUCCUCGUGGAUGACAACAGCGAUGAAGAGGAACUGAAGGCACCGCUGGAGGAGUACGUCAAUAAGCGGUACCCGGGGCUCGUGAAGGUGGUGCGCAACCAGAAGAGGGAAGGCCUCAUCCGAGCGCGCAUCGAAGGCUGGAAGGCGGCCACAGGCCAUGUCACCGGGUUCUUUGAUGCCCACGUGGAGUUCACUGCUGGCUGGGCUGAGCCAGUGCUUUCACGAAUUCAGGAAAACCGAAGAAGAGUCAUCCUUCCCUCCAUAGACAACAUCAAGCAGGACAACUUUGAGGUGCAGCGUUAUGAGAACUCAGCCCAUGGAUACAGCUGGGAGCUGUGGUGCAUGUACAUCAGCCCCCCCAAGGACUGGUGGGAUGCUGGGGACCCCUCACUGCCCAUCAGGUAUGUGGCAUGGCCUGCUAGGUGAGGUGUAAUAGGGCAA